AUGGAAGAGAGUGACGAAGAUGAUAACAUACAAGUUAUUGUUUUUGGAAAUUCGUCUGAAGCCAAGUUUGAUGAUUUUUAUAGAGAAGAGGAUAUAAAAAAGGAAGAAAUACAAGACAAUACAAAUGAGCCUAUUGUUCCUAGUGCGUCAAAUGAACAAGAAAAAUCGCAAAAAGAAGAUGUAGACCUUGAAAGCAAAGUACAGAACGCUACUAAAGAAAAUAAAGUAUUUAUGAAAUAUGAUUAUACUCAUGAGAAGCCUUGGUCUAAUCAUAGUGAUAAAAGCAUGUGGUUUAAUUACAAUUUUGAUGAAAAUAGUUUUAAAGAAUGGGUACAAAAACAUAUUGACAGAAAACUAGAAAAACAACAGAAUUAUCAAAUUGAAAAUACAGACAAUUAUUUUUUUGAAGACAAUAUUAAAAGCAAUAUUAUUAACACAACUUCUACAAAUGAAUAUCCAAUGCAAAAUAUUAAAACCUUUCCAUCAAAAAAUAUGAAUCCUAUUAAUACUAGCAAAUUAAUAGAACAUAAUGGUGUCCCUCAUUAUAACACUAACAAAUUGGGAAACACAAAAAUUAACCACAAUAAUAAUAAUAAUAAUAAUAAUAAUAUUAGAAGUGAUAAUAAUCAGAAUACUACAAAUACAAAUAAUGACCUUAAACCAUUUCAAAAUUUAAUAAAUUUUUUUAAACAAAAUAAUUGA